AUGAAAGAACGUUAUGCUAAUCUUCCAAAGAGUGAUAUCAUUAAAUCAUUAGAAAAUCAAUCUCCUGAACUUAUCAAAUUAUUGAAUGAAUUCAAAGAAAAAUUAUCAAUAAUAAACGAGUCAACUAGACCAAUAAUUGACAAUUUUCAAGAAGAAAAUGAUGAUGAAAUUAAUUCGGAAAAUGAAAACAACAAAUAUUAUGAAGAAGAAUUAUUAGAAAAUAACUCUUCUGAUCUGGACAAUUCCAAACCUUCUUCUUCUUCACCAAAAUUGACCCCGACAAUAUUAACAUCCGUAGUAGAAAAUGAAUUCGAAUCGACUGAUUUUGGUGAUUUGGAUGUAUUGGAUGAAGUAGACGCAGAAGAUAAAAUUCAAAGAAAAAAAUCUUUACGUUAUCAUGUUUCCAAAAUUGAUCAAACAAGAAAAGUUGAAAAGAAAUUACAAUACAAUCAACAAAAAGAAGAAAACAAAAUUGUUUCAUAUGAAGAUGACACACUUCCAAACGGCACUAAACGAAAAAUCAACUAUCAAAUUUACAAGAACAAAGGUCUUAUGCCACAUAGAAAGAAGGAACAACGUAACCCGCGUGUUAAACAUCGUAAUAAAUACGUUAAAGCAAAGAAAAAGAUCAAGAGUAUUAAACCUGGUGUUAUCAAACAAAAAGGAUUUUAUGGUGGCGAAAGUACUGGUAUUAAUGCUGGAAUAUCAAGAAGUGUCAGAUAUUCUAAAGUUGUCAUGGAUUUUGGUUCAGAUGAAGAAUUUUUUCAACCCGCAAAAAAAUAUAAUCCUUCAAAAAAAUCGCCUUUAUCAUCAACGUGUUCUUCAAAAAACCAUGCUGAAACUGAAUUCAAUAAUAAUGAUGAUGAUGAACGAAAAAGUGUCAUUUCACAGACACAACUGCUUCAAGAAUCAACAAAAUCUCAUUCUGAAAAUGUUGAAAUAAUCUCUACUACAAAUGACAUUAACACUAACACCAUCAUCAGCACUUCAGCAUCAGCAAUUCUUAAAAAAUUACUUGAAAAGAGAAAAAAUAAAAAAGAUCUCUCUCUUUCAAGAAAACAAAACAUUCCUUUACAAAAAAAGGAUGCACCUCUAAAAAAUUCACCUGGAUUUAAUUACCAAAAUAAAUCAGAAUUAUCUUGUUUGACAAUUUCCGAACCUCAAAUUCUUGUUCUUAUAAGAAAUGAAACAUUUUCAACAAUUGAUAUUGUUGAUCAUAAAAAUAUGCUUCCUAUUACUACUAAUGCAUCUGUUAACAAUGGUCUUCAGGAAUUAAAAAUUUCAGGUGAAGAUCAAACAGUCUCUUCUACUGUUACAACUUCUGCUGCUGUCAUUGUCACAAUCACAGCUAAUGCUACAACUGCAACUACUAAUAUUUCUCCAACUGGCAAUCACAUUUCACUCCUUGACAAACGUAAAGCUAAUGAUGAUGUUGAUCAGGAAGAAAAUUUCACCUCAUUACCAAUUGAUGUUCCAGGUGUUGAAAAGAGGAAAAAAAUGGAACAUUCGAAUGAGAGUGAAACAUUGCCAAAACUAACAAAAAGGCCCAGGAUUGAUAAAAAGUCAAAUGAUAAAAAUUCUUUUGCUGGUACUGAAAUAACUUGGCUAUCAAAAGCUAAAGUUUGUCCUUAUUGUGACAAGAAGUGGGCUUGUAAAACAGAUAAUGUUAAAAAUAGAAUUGCUCACAUGAAAAGAUGUGGCAAAAAACUUAAAAUCUCACCUGCAGAUAUGGUUACAAUAGUAAGGGAGGUGAAGGAGCAGAUGAAUUUCAAAAUAGUAUCAAGGCCAAUCAAAAAACUAGUUGAUCCGAAUAAAAAUAAAAAACAAAAUGGAAAACAGAUGAUGGCAUAUGAUUUAAACACCACACCCAUCUUACCUCCAAAUAAAGCAAUUAAACGAUCAAACAGACUUGCAAAAAAAUCAUUUUUAAGCAAGCCAUCUAUAACUGAAUUUACAAAAUAUUUGCCACCAUCGCCAUCACUAACAGAAUCAAAUAAAAGCAAGAUAGGUGAACAUUUUAAAAUGAUCAUGGAAGAAAGACCUAAGAGCCAUAAAAGAAAUUAUACUUUGUGGCAAAUUCAGGCAUUUGGUGGUGAAGAUUGCCCAUUAACUAUCAAUGACUACUAUAUUGACAGUGUAAAGAAGGUAUAUGCAGAUUUUGAGUUUGAUAUUGCUCCCAAUCAAAAACAAAAAAUACUUUGA